AUGAACACUGCCAGCGAACCUAAUUACACAGCCUAUACACAUGUUAUCACCGCUUUAAGCAGAGCUCUUGGAAUGUUACAUCAGAGCUUCUGGUCCGACAUGAGCCUCUGUCUCUCAGACAGGUAUGCCAGCUACCUUGGCCAUCUACAGUAUCGCUUGCACCGGUCCCCUAACACAAAGCUUGUUAUGGACCUACUGCAAGUGCAGGAAGAGCUGAACAUCGUCAUCUCAAUCACGGAGCAGCAAAUAGAACUCGUCAGCAGCUUGCAGAAUAUUCUAAAGCCCGAGAGAAAAAAGGAUCAGUCGCGCGCGUCGACACGACCAUACCCCCACGCGUCAGUGACAACUAUACCUCCUGCAGAUGUGUCCGCCUAUCGUCAACUGUCUUUCUCAACCCACCUAUCUGACCCAUCAGCCCAAUUGUUAGACAAUCUGCAACGCGAGUACGCCGACCUUGUCGCUCUACGAGACAACAGCAAUACCCUUAUCGAUCGCACGAUACAACUCGUCAACAUGAGACUGGAAGAUCACGGUAAAGCCAUCUUAGUUUUCACUAUCGUAACAAUUAUCCUCCUACCCUUGUCUUUCAUCUCAUCCUUCUUUGGUAUGAACUUCUCCGACAUCAGAGAUAUGGAAAGCACGCAGAGACUUUUUUGGCUUAUUGCCGGCUGCUUCAAGGUUAGCACUGUGGGGCUUAGCCUUUUCUUUGCUUUCUAUGGAGGCGCAACUACGGAAUGA